AUGGUCGGUCACCGUGUUCUCGCUGCUCUACUUUGUUUUCUCCUCUUCGAACACAGCUUUUGCCGCCCGAUCACGAAAUUCGAUGAUCUUCUGACUCGAUUGAAGAGUCGUUUAUGGAUGGGUCAAUAUAUGGAGACUGUUCAACUGGCUGAAUCAAUCGAUCAAGCGGCCGAACAAAUAGGGGAAGAGGCACAACGUUAUGUGGAUGAACGAUUUAAAAAUGUGGUCAUUUCGGUGAAAGACGGAGGA